GGUGUAUCCCUUUUGCCGCGAGUAACACGGUCGUCCUCUUGCUGAUUCGCGGAUCGUAUCACAGCUAUAUACACAUAUACACGGUGUGCACGGCGUUGGGCCUCCUCCGGUUGUCUCGUGUCGCGCGUUGGAGAGUGGGACACUGGCGCAGGGCCAGUAGGAUUCACCGAUAUAAAGAUCUACGGUCACACGGGCCGGGAGGUUACUCGUUUCUUCAUCGUCGUCCAAGUGCAGCAGGACAGUGAGUGGUAAAGCGCGGCCGCGAGCUGCUUUCGUGUUACGGGCUCAUGCCCGUGAUAACAAGUCUUAUACAUCGAUUCUAUUAUAUUCGUUUCGUUCGUAUUUAUUGAAAUUAAUCGAUUGAAAUUAGUUGGAAAGACUAUAUCAUAUCGCGUGUGUAACUGGUUCGCGUAGAUGAGCGCUGAGUAGCGUCGAAUCGAGGGAGAUAUACUGGAACAGUGGAUCGGAGCUUAGAAGAAGAUCAUGAUGCCGAGAAGACUUCCUGUGCGAAAGCUCCUCCUGGUAGCAGUGUUAGCGACCUGCUUGUCAAUCGUGACAUCAUCAUCGAGCAGGGAGAGACGGAAUGUCGGUGCGGACGAACCUAGUCAUGGAGCAGACAGGACGCACACACCAGCCGGCCGUAGUUUCAAGUCAUCGACCAGCAGAGACAACGAGAUAACUACGGAAGCCGGAAGGAAAGUGUCGCACAAACUGAUUGGAGGCCACUUGCGAGCGGAUGCGAAGCAAGAAACGUUCUGGGAUGACGGUAUCCUCUUAUCGUCUGCUGGAAACGGGAGGGAGACGAAGGCUAAUCGUAAAGACGAGGAUGACGAGAAGAAAACUCUCUCUCAACAAGUGAAAGAAGGGAAAUACGGUCUAAUACAGAACGAAAUCUACGGAAGUCAACCUAAACGACCAGGAAUAAUCAGUUACUUAGGUAAUCCGGAAGUACCAAAGGACACGAUCGACAAUUUGGGUGGUCUCGAUGAGGAUGAAAUUUGGUUGGCUGAGAAUCACGUAUUAGUGUUGAGAGGAGGGAAAUUUCCUGGCCAUGAGACGCCGCAAACCAAUAGAGACAGCACGCCGACCUGGCCACCGAUCGACAAUUACAAAGCACCCAGGAGACAGGUCAAGAUACCAUCCAAGCCAAAGGUACCGCCGCCCUUUCCCAUUCAACUCACAGAGGGCGGCCCGAUACAGAUUAUCGGGCCGAAUGGCACCAAGGAGAUCGGCAAUGCCACCGUUGACUACAGAAAAGAUCCUUUAUUUACCAAGGGAUUACUAUCGGAGGAUGGUCCACUCUUCGCUGUUAUAGCCAACGGGACUAUCGUAACGUCCGAUAUGAAUUCAAAGAACGCAUCUUCGGAGGAAGAAAAUUCAAGCAUAAAGAGUAAGGACGAUAAGACAGAUACCGUACCACCUGGCAGUUUUCCACCCUUCUAUCACGCAAUUCCACCUGGUGCAGUAUUCGUGCCACCACCGAAUAAUCAAUCGGAGUAUGACGAAGAAGAUCAGUCUAUUUACUAUCCACCGCCAUACAGUUUUCAAUAUCAGCAAGAUAAUACGACAGCUGUGCCACCGGGUCCUCUGGUUCCAGGAAUUAUACUCCCACCACCGCCGGACUUCUUCUCUGCUCUCGAGGACAAGAAGACCACGACGAAGAAGUACACGAAGCGACCAGAAACUACUCCCGUACCAAGACCCAGGCCUACCUAUCUACCACCUAGGAAAUUAACUACGAAGCAAUACAAGAGUUCCACUACAGUGCCAAACCUAACGCAAACCAUAAAAUCCAGGACGUCCAUCGGUAUGUCGGGUGUUACAAAGAUGUACGGUCGAACAAGGUAUAAAAAUUUUACGGACAAAAAUUUCACCACCAAGCCCAACGUAAGGACAGUCCCUUAUAUAGAAAUUACGACAUCGACGCCGGAUAAAUCGACAACGCUUGAUAACCCAGAAUUCUACAACAUCGGUUCGUUAGCACAAAAUCAUGUAACCAAUCAAGAGAAUAUACAGGAGAAGAAUGAAGCGUGGUCGCGUCUAGUGACCAGUAAAACGAUUCCGAUAGUGACGUACUACACGUCCACGCAGUCCACCUUGGAAAGACCUGUGGAAGUAACGCCGGCCUCGAUAAAGAGUAUUAUUACCACUAGCAACCCGGAACGAUCGCCCAGCCAGGCUUCUUACUACUUUUACGAAGAAUCUCACGAACCACCUUUUCAUACCACUCCAAAUUCGAUUUAUUACAAGACUACCACCGAAUCGCCUUUUUACGAAACCGUGACGCAACCACGAGCCGAGGAAAAGAAAAAGCAGUAUUACAACGUGGAGGCAAUUCCGUCGCGAGAAACAUCGAAGGACUACAGUAUCAAGUUUAUCGGCUCUCCGGUGAAAAAUUCCGCGCCCAUUCGCUACAGUGACACGACAGUCACGCAAAGCUCACCGAAGUACGAGAGCGGCUCGACGAGAACUCAGGGUCAACGAAUGUUACUUGAUCACGCGCCUCUUUACUAUCAAGCCAUAUCUGCUCGUCCAGCCGUCUCUGUGCAGCCCUAUUACACCACCUCAAAGCCACAGGCUUAUUACAAGCAAGAGGCGAAAUCAAAGCCGAUUUAUCAGUACAGUUUCGAAGCAGCGGACUACUCGAAACAUGGAAAUCAAAGGCAGCAGUACGAGCAAGAGCAAACUAAUGCAUUUAACGAGUAUCAGAACGUUAAAAUCGAUGGAAGGUAUAGUAAUCAUCGAUACGAUUAUGAGAAUGAAUCAGUGCCUCAGAAGAGAGUCAGACCGCAACCGUAUAAGAAUCAACAGCCGAUCUAUCCUUCGACGACAGCGCAUUCGGCGAUAAGUACCACGGACAAUCCUCAACAUGCUUAUUAUACUCAACAAGACGAGAAGUUCCUGGAUGAUGUCACGAAGGAGUAUUUCACCAUCUUUGGCAAGAAGAUACCGCAUAAGGGUAUACCGAGCACGACUCCCAUGUACUCCAAAACGAACAGUAUUACCGAAAGACCGGAUUACGUGAAUACCUAUGUGGAGAAUUACGACACCCCCGAAUCACCUGUGUAUAAGACACCUAAGGUUAAAGUGCAUUACGGGGACCAGUCUCAGAGACCAUAUUCCCUCAAAGACGACAUUCUUGUCAACUACAGGCGACCUCUGCCUCCUAUUAAUCCCGACAGUGAAUUCAUCACGGUGGUCGAUCCAAACCAACAACAGCCACCCAACUAUAGAAUACCCAACAGAGACGACCAACCCCUGGCAGCGAUCCGCGCUUACCCACCGCAGCCACUCGUGAGUCCAAGAAACGGUCCACCCACCAACUACGUACCGGUCGUGGAAUCUCCGGAAGAGCUAGACGACACGUAUCCUCAGUUGCCCAUAUCGUUGGAAGACGAUAUCAAAGUGAACUACCGUCACCCACGACCUACCAUAAAUCCAGAUGCCGAAUUCAUCGACCCGAUUCCAGUGCAAGAGAACCAGCCGGAGAAGCCAAAGGCCUAUUUCGCGUACAGAUUGCCAGGCGAUGGGGGUCACUUUUACUUCCUAACGCCGCAGGCAAUCACGCAGAGGCCGGAGCAGAACGCCGGUCACCUUUACUCAAAGUCGAGAGGAACGAGGCUGCUAAGAAGUCGACGGAGGCCAGACAACGUGUGAUACGUGUACGCGACGAGGCAGCCGCACAAUGCCAUACCAAUCAUCGGGGACGCACGAUGGAAAUGCGUGUCAUAUGGAACGCGACGCGGAAAUCAACGUCAGAACGUUGUGUACCGUUAUUAGGAUAUUUAUUCUAUGUGUAAAUAUAUAUACGGAUAUAUCUUGUAUGCGUAAUGUACAAUUAAGUUAGAUGGUUAUCGACGCCUCUGUUACGCUAUAUAAAAUGCUUAAUUUAUGCGACCUAACUUCUCCCCUUCUCCCCAACCCUGCUUUAGAUUGAUACAGAUGCGAUAUUGUGUGUAACGCCGCUUGUGUGCGACGAUAGGUAUGCGCAAGUACAUUGAAUGACCGUCAUGUACUCGCGCGUUGUCUGUGAUUAAUGAUCGAUAGUAAACGCAUACCAUGUACAUAUAGUUAUGAUUGACGAAGUAGAGAUUCAAUUCUAGAGCUCCGAGUGCAUUUUUCAUAAACCGUGUUACACAAAAUAUGUUAUAUUCGAACAUGCAUGGAAUAAACAUUGCUUAGAAAGACAAAGUUUCCUUCCUUGUAAGCAAAAUAUCGAUAAAAGCAUGACAUAUUAGAAAAAUCACAUAUAUGGUGCUCACAUUCGAUUAUAAUAUCGGUAUUAUUUUAUGUUAAUUCUUGUAUGAUACUCUACGAAUUUUGUAUUAUUCGAGAAAUUUAUUGUAAAUAUAUAUGCGAUGAAUAUAAGUGACGUUCUUAAUGGAUGGUAUUAUUAUCGUAGGAUUAAACUAGGUUGUAAAGUAUCUUUUUUAAACAAUACGUGACUUUCAAUGUAAUGACAAAUGAUUUUUAAGAAAUCGAUCGUUUAAAGUUGCAUAAAAAUAAAUACCUAUUUAAAUCUAAAAAA